AUGGGUUACUACUACACCAGUACAUUUGCUGCUGCAUCGCUAAUGGCGACGGUCCUUGUCCUCCUAGUCGGCGGGGGGCAUUUGCACACUUCCUUUGGAGCUCCAAUUUGCGGCGACACUCCGGCGCCCGAUCAGUCCACGUUCGCUGGUUAUGCACAAGGGCUUCUUGACAUUCUGGUGGAGGAGACGGCGAGCUGGGUCCCGGAAAAGUUCACCUAUAGCACCACGGUUCCAAGAAAUGGAGGUCCUGGUUCCGCUUCAGGCUUUGGCACCUGUGUUGAUCAAGGACACAAAACUGCCGUGGAUUGCAGGAAAUGUCUCUUUCAACUGCAGCCGCAGUUGGAGACAUGCCUAUACACUUCUUCGACCGGAGGAGCUAGCUAUGAAGGAAGGUGCAUGAUUCAGUUCUGGCAAAAUUACUAG